UUUAUCGGCAGUAUCAGAAAAUGGCUUCGUAGUUCCAUCUCAAAGGUGGAUGCAAUUGGCGCUAGUGCAUGAAGUUUUUCGGUGUUGCGAAAAACGCCGGGAUGGCCACUUUCAUGCUUCUCUCUGGUAAAGAUAAGAGAAUGAAAAAAAAUCCGUUUCCGCCAUUUGCGCUCUAUUCGCGUAUUUCGCGUUGGUGUGCGUGUGCGGUGGUGUGAGUCUUGCGUCCUCGACAUUUCUUUCGCCGGCGGGUCCGUUAACGUCACUAGUACAUACGCCUCUCAGUCUCACGUUUUUUUCCGUUAUCUUGGUGGCGCACGCAGCCGCGCAUCGCGAAGCGUUUUCUUUUGCAUAUAUGACUGCAAUCGAAAGCACGAGUGCAAGGAGCGUUCCCGACACGACGGUGUUCACUGACAUCCGCGAUACGUUAACAUGUCUGCUCUUCAAAAGUCAAUUUUGAAAUCAAGACUACCACCGUCGGCCGUCAACUUCUCGGCUUUGAACUCCAGACUUGGCAAAUCGAGAGGAGCCCAGCGGAGGAGAGACUACGAACCAGUGCGAUGGGAUCCGUACUUCGAUCAUUCCAAGGAUGUGCCGGUGGGACAGAACACUUUUCACGUUUACAUUAAGGGUACCGAGGGACCGUUAUUAGUUUUAUUGCAUGGUGGUGGUUACAGUGCUUUAACAUGGGCAGAACUCACGAAAUCUAUUAUGACAAUGGUGCUAUGUAGAGUCAUGGCUAUUGAUCUUAGGGGCCAUGGGGAUACACAUACCACAGAGGACGAGGACUUGUCUGCAGAUACUUUAGCAUCGGAUGUUGCAGCUGUUGUAGAUGUAAUUGCGCACGAUGAUCCAAUAAUUCUUUUUGGUCAUAGCAUGGGUGGGGCGGUAGCUGUAAGAGCAGCUCCACUAAUUCCAAAUUUAUAUGGAUUAGGAGUUAUAGAUGUUGUAGAGGGCACAGCGAUGGAUGCGCUAGCCUCUAUGCAGAGUUUUUUAAGAUCCCGGCCGUCUAGUUUUAGCACCAUACCUCAGGCUAUAGAGUGGUGCGUUCGUAGCGGACAAAUUCGGAAUAUACAAUCGGCAAAGGUUUCAGUUCCUGGACAAAUAAAGAACAUUCAAACUAGCAAAUUAGCAACUCAUGAUAUUGACUCAUUGCCAACCCAAUACAACACGUGUGAAUCUAAUCCAGAACCAGUCGUACCGCGGGAUGAUAUUAUCCAAGAAGAAGAGUCAUCCAAUAUGCCACCGCCGCCACCCGCGUCUUCUGCUGCUGUUUCUUCUACUAACAGAAAGUAUGUCUGGAGAAUAGAUUUGGCAAAAACGGAACAGCAUUGGUUCGGCUGGUUUAAGGGAUUAUCGACGGCAUUCUUAAAUGUCCCUAUACCGAAAAUGUUGUUGUUAGCAGGAGUCGAUAGACUAGACCGCGAACUCACUGUAGGACAAAUGCAAGGUAAAUUCCAAAUGCAAGUAUUGCCCGCUUGUGGACACGCUGUUCACGAAGACGUCCCGGACAAGGUAGCGGAGGCUAUUGCUACGUUUAUGGUCAGGCACAAGUUUGCGGAGCCAGCGUCGGAUUUUCCACGGACUUUUCCGGCUUGUUAAGAAAAGAAUUAAAAACAUUUGUAAUGUAAAUGUAUGGAACAAUGUGAAGAUUUUUCUUUUAAUUAGUUGAUAUAAUUUAUUUAUUUCAAGAGAUUAUAAUCACCAAGUAUAGAAACAUAUAUCAUGUGUAAAUAAAGAUAUUUAUCUUGAUGAAAAAAAUAAAUUUGUUCUUAUGUA